AUAACAGCGCCAAAAACAGCGCCUGCUGCUGCAGCCGAGCCCAGACCUGCAGCACAGCAGCACAGAUACUCCGACCCCGCGGGCUUGCCCUCUCCGGACUAAUGCCGCUAAGAACCUAAGCCCAAUUAUCAUGAGCAGAGGAGGGGAAACUCCGCCGCUGGAGAGCCUGGAGCCGACGGGCUGGACCACUUAAAGAGGAGAGCGGAGAAUGUGGCCGGGCGAGCAGGCAGGGCGACUGACUUCAGCUGACUGACUGAGUUACUGACAUGAAGCUCGAGGUGAACGACGCCUGUGUGAGGACCCCGCUGCUCUAAAAGCGUCUUAAAGUCGUCCCGCUGUCAGUGCUGGAGGAACUCUCUCGAAGGAGACUUUAAAUAUAAAAGCACCUCCAUUAGGACUGUUUUUUUCUCCUGGGCUGGACUAGUGCUGGAGCCUCUGCUAGCAUGGAGCUCCACACGGACGUUUUACUGGUCACCGCGAACGUCGGCUCCUUGUUUGACAACGUGGGUGAAAUCGAGAGGGACUGGCUCCGGGAGUUCUUCACGACUGUGCACACACACAAACCAUGCUUCAUCGCUCUGCACUUCCAAGAGGUGGGAGGGAAAGACUACAUGGUCAACAUGGCCCACGCUGAGAACUUCUUCUGGACCAUUGAGUCGAGCUCAGAGAUGAAGGACUUUGAUCGGGUGUGCGUGUAUGUAGACAGUCAUUUCAAGGCAGAGGACAAUUUCACUGCUCUGGGCAGCAUGUACUUCAUCCACAAGUCGCUGAAGAACAUACAGCAGUAUGAUUUCAGUGCGAAGGAGUUUAAGUCCGUCUCAGGACACAACAAGUAUGUGGGCUCCCUGGAUGGAGUCGCCACGGUGGAGAAAGAAAAAUUCCCCAAGAAUUUUUGGCCUGAUAUUAAGUGGUCAAGAAAAGGCUACAUGCGGACACGGUGGAUUAUUCACAAUCAAGGCCUGGAUCUGGUGAAUGUGCAUCUGUUCCACGAUGCGUCAAACCUCAUAGCCUGCAACUCUAGCCCCUCAGUAUACUCAACAAAUCGCCAGAAAGCCCUCAGAUACAUCAUCAACAGGAUAUCAGACAGCAGCUACAGCCCUCUGCCUUUCUUCCUGUUCGGAGAUUUUAACUUCCGCCUCGACACACAAAGUCUAGUACAGAACCUCUCCACAUCUGCAGAAGUUCAGACAGUGAAGAAGGACAGCAGUAACGAGGUGGAGAAAAUCAUCUAUGAGGAGAAAGACAAUGACCACAAGGUUCUUCUCCAUAUAGAGACUAAGCUGUUUGCUUACCUGCACCAGGCAGUGUUCAGAGAGAACAAUGGAAAAGAGCUCCUAAAGUAUGACAAGGAGAUUGCAGCAUUUCACGAUGUCAUCACAGAAGAGCAGAUACUAUUUCCCCCCAGCUACCCCUACAGUGAAGACUACACUAAACCCACUCAGUACAUGAACACGCGAUGCCCGUCCUGGUGUGAUCGGAUCCUCAUGUCCCACAGCACUCAAGACAUCAUACAGAGGAGAGAAGAAGGAGAGAGUAACAUUGUUUAUAACACACUGGGCCCGAAUGUCUGUAUGGGAGACCACAAGCCUGUUUUCCUGUUUUUUGCACUGAAAAACAAUGUCCACUGACACAAAACAUGGAUGCAUUAAAGGGUUUGCUGGUGUGUGCCAGUGAAGAGAAGGAAGAUUUAGAGACUGCAGUUCACAUCAUACAGUAUCUCCAGUAUCCAGCCUGCGCAGACCCCCAAACCCUUCACACACACACUCACAGACACUCCCACACACACAUAACAGAAGGGAAUGUUUCUUUCUCUUAAGGCACAAGAGAGAAAACAUACCCUUGGUGCACAAAUUGUACAGGUUUACAGUUCUCAACACGUCUGGAAGAUUUCUCUCCAUCCUCAGUUUAACGGCAGUUAUUGACCAAAACCCUCAGUAUGUAAAUGCAUGCAAGGCCAGUUUGCACGCUGUCUCAGUUCCAGUACUGCAGUUUUCCCUGUUUUUUUGCAUGCAGAAAUUAGAAAACAGCUGCAGUCGCGUACAGUAUACUGCUGACGUUCACAAGCUCCGCCCACCAUCUCGCCUUUAUGUUGUGCAGCACACAGCUUUCAACUUUUACAUCGUAUUCAUGUGUGCAUGCAGGUUAGGUCUGAAAAAUGGGUUAGAAAUGUGCAUUCAAUAUUUUUCAGCCUUUUGCUAAUAUCAUUUUUUAAAAUAAAAAAUCUAAUUACCCAGAUGCAGGGAUUAGUCUAGGCAUCUGAUAUGUGCUUUUGUAGUUUAUAGCAGAGGAUGCUAAAGUUAAUGUUAGUACCAAAAAAAGUUUAAUUUCUGUUAAGAACAGAAAUGAUCUCCUUAAGCACUAGGUGUGUAAGAAAAUAUUCAUAUUCAUUAUAGUAUCAGAAUAUAAUGUGAAUAAUGUGAAGAUAGUGUUGUACUGUCUUUAGAUUACACUGUUUUGAUUAUUUAAAACUUUUCCUUUACUUUUUUUUUAUGAAUAUUAUGGUGUUUUCUAUACUAAAAUUGGAUUUAAAAAGGCCAUAUGACUCUCCUGGCUUAUAGUAUCACAAAACCUUUUUUAAUAUUAUGUGUUCCAGUACACAGCCUUAAUAAAUAUCAAUCUUAAUUUAGGUGCUCCAUUUUUUCUCCAAGUUGUUUAACAAAUAUACCAUAACAAAGUAAUCCAGAAACAUAAGGUUUUAUAGACUGAAGAUGGUCCAUAAAAUUAGGUGUUUAGAUGCUAAAGGACCCCUUAAAAUAAAAAAAAUUAAUCUAAGGGCACCUGAGCAAUAUUCACGAUACUCACGAUACUCAUUAAUAUGUUAAUGCCUUGUGUCUGCAUUGUUAAAAAAGCAACAGAGCGUACAAAUAUAUAUAUAUAUAUAUAUAUAUAUAUAUAUAUAUAUAUAUAUAUAUAUAUAUAUAUAUAUAUAUAUAUAUAUAUAUAUUUGCUGAGGCAUGGUGGUCUAAAAGUGAGUUGUGUUCAGGUAAAUUUCUGGUGUAUUGGUAACUUGGCAGCAGAAAACAAGGGUGCACCACUGACUGAUUAAAACACUGACAAUAAUCAGUCAACCGUCAGAUGUUUAUUGCUAUCUUGGCAAUGCAGGUUCAGCGUAUAUAUUAUAUGUAAAGAGAGAGAGUGGAACAUUAGCCUAGCAUAUUAAGUUAAGAGAAAGAGAGAAAAAGAACAUAUCAGAUGUCAGGCUUUUUUAGUCUCCUGUAUCUGGGGUAAUAAAUAAUGUUUUGUUUUUUUACCAAACUAUUCUUUAAUAACGCUUUUUAUCAAGUUUAUUUGGUUUAUAUCAGAGUGUGCAUCUUCCAUAACACGUUUACUUUGGACUGUUUAGUACAGAUAUUUAUGGGCAAAAGGCUGAAAAAAUAUUAGAAAAGCACAUCAAGAACAGCGGCAUUCAUGAUGUUGCCUAAUUUUGCAUCCUAUUACUUGCUUUUAAAAUAUAUCGUAAAGAUAGGUGACACAUCAGCAGCACCUUUAGCAGGUCUGUGGGUGCCUAUGCUGAGGGCUCCACUCGUGCAUUCCAUUCUUUCAUCCUUCCAUCCUGUGUGUCUGUCAGUGUCUCAGCGGUGUUAUAACUCAGAUAUUAUCAGAUCAAUAGAAUUUGUACGUGAGGACCACCAGGGACGAAUUCAAAAGCCAUCCGCACUGUGUGUAAUAUGGAAAUCCCACCCAGAGCAGAGCAGAACAGGGCGACAGGCUCUCAGACUUUUAAUUAGAGCUUGAGCGAGUUACUGAAUACUAAUAUCCAGCUGCUUACGGACCUUGCUGUUAAAAACAACAGACAGGUUAUGGUUCUCAAUGCUAUAAUAUUUUAUCUGAAUAGAAUAGGGCUGUAUUUUAGGGACAGAUAAGCAGAAUGCUAGUAUAGCGAUUAUGUUUCUAAAUACUCCCAUUACAAUAUGCUGAACUAAAUAGUAUAUAAACACUGGUGAAUGUAUAAGGUAAUGUUAUUGUUAAAAUUCUGCCUACAUUAUUUAGUUUCUUCACAAAAUCCAAAUCCACAAAAACCCACCCAGAACUGUGAUUGGUCAGGACUUUCACAGCACACAGUUGCACAUUGCAAAAAUAUUGACUGAAAGUUGCUGUAUUGUGCAGCCCUAGUACAUGCAUUAUGUGUCUUAACCUUAGGUAUGUUUUAUUUUAUCAUUUCUUGUUUAAGUUUGGUUUUAGAUUGGUUACAUAGGCAGUUAAAAACAAGCAAGCCACUGUUCUGAAAUUAGCACUGAAUUCAUUAUAAAUCUCCUCACUGUCAGUCGCCUCAAGCCCUUCUUCUGGAGAUGACCUCUGAAGGCAGUAAUUGGUUGCAGUGGGAUGAAUUGGGGAUGUACCCAAGUCUAGGUUUUCUUUAAGAUUUUAUUCAUCAAGUGUAGAAUUUAUUCAUUGAGAUUUUUUUUUGCCUCAGUCGAGCAAAUCAUCACUGUAAACAUAAAUUUAAGACUUUUUGGAAAACUUUCUCUAAUGGCAAUUCCAAUUGUUCAUAUUUUUGAUUGAUAAAAUAGUUAAGAUGUGAACAUUGUUGUUUAGGAGGAUCUGAAGAGACAUGCCAUUUUAGGAAAAAAAUACUGAUUACAGUAGCAGUGAAUAAAUUGUUAACAAAAGCUUAAAGGUAUAAGACAAAAUAUAUGCAUACAGAUACACUGUUUGAUACUGCAACAAUGUUUUUAGAAAGCUUUGGGGAGAUGGGUUAAGGAUAAAAUGCUCCAACAAAGUCCAACAAAACGCAAAACAAAACAAACUAUGUGAACAUAUUGUCUCCACUGAUUGGUCAGAGCUGCCUGGGGUGGGGCAGAACAGCUGUUUAGCUCAAACAUGAGGAGUUUAUUUGAUAGUUGGGUUGGAUCAAUGUCGGAUCACGUUCUCAUAGAUGUAGACAAUAUAAUGAUAUUUUAUCGUAUCGAAUAUGCUUUAAUAAUACUGUGGAUAAAAACUUUAAUGAAAAUUAAUGUACCAUGCAUAAGAAAGUAUUUGAAAUGCAAUUUUUAACAAUAUGCCACCUCUGCUUACCUCACAUUUUGUGUGUGUAAAAAUGUUGCAGUAAAUACUGUCUUUAAAUAUAAUGUUAUAAUAGCAGAUUAUGUACAGUCUGUUCAUAUCAAUAUCGAAAUUAGAUUGUAUCGACUGAAAUUAAGAAAUGUAUCACAACACAUUUUGGCCAUAUUGUCCAGCUAUAUCGUUCUCUCCACACAAAAAAAAGUUAAUUUAGGACCAGACCACGUCCUCUUAGGGGUCUCGAUGCGGUUCUUUUGUUCCGAAAUCUUGAGAAUGAUUACUGUAAUCACAUUUUAUUAUUUUACUAAACAGUCCUGGUGUGAAAAACAACCUUAAAGUUUAAUUUUUAUUUUAUUUGUCCAUUUAUUAUUAUUACCAUAUAUUUUUAAAUAUUCACAUAAUAUUGAAGUAAUCUAAAAAUUGAAUUGGUUUUGAUCAACAGUGAUGAUAUCUGAUCAUGCUCCAGUAUUGCUAUUGCCCUGAUGAAAGUGAGGUGAAUGUAGCAGACAGACAGACUUAGGUGCUUAUAUAUGUGGCAGUUUUACUCAGACUUACCCAGCCACCAUUUCUAUUAUUCUAUUAUCUGCCUUCAGGGGUUAUUUCUCUAAGGGGCUUGAUGUUACUUUUAGGCAAUUCCGAUCUGUAUGCUGGCUCUUCUGUAGUAUUAGAACAGACUGUGAAUAGCCACCUACCAUAUAUUCCUUUCUAAGUUACGUAGCAGUUUCUUAUUGUGAUGUCUGAUUUGUUUCACUUGUACAUACCAGGGUAAAAAGGGGUUUUGGAAAUGUAAUGAAGACUCCUUACCUUAUAUAUAAAUGUGUAACAAUAUAAGAUAUAAGAUAGUUAAACAAACAGUGCAUGGCUUACAGAUGUUCAGUCAUACCGUGGAUCAUUAAACUCACAACAAUUUAAAGACUGCAGAUCAGGCCACAUGUCCCGUGCUGUCACUGCUGGAUAUUUCUUUAUUUUAGAAGUGAGCCGUUUAAUCAGCUCGUCAUCAAUAUUCAUUAAGUAUCAUUUAAGUGGGCACAAAGCGAUUAUACAGAUCUGACAAGGGAGUCAUUAGUUCAACUGGACUAGAAUGUAUUGAUUUUAUUCGUGUAAUCUGAAUGAGCGUCCACCAAACCGGUAAUUCUGGAAUCAGUAGUAGAUCAAUGAUUUAAGUGAGAAGGUUAAAUUACGUGGCCCAUUUGUCAAUAAUGGACUUGUUGGAGUUGAUUCAUGGUGUGCUCGACAUAAUAUAUUGCUCUCAAGGGCAUCGUUCGGAACCAAAGUUCAAUAUGAGGCCGUGAUGUUGGUGGAUGAGAGAAGAGAGAAAGACUUGCGUUUGUUUGCAGUUUUGCGAUUUUUAAACACUACGGAUUUGCUAAAGUGUAAUUUAUAUUUUUGUACAUAAGCGUAAUAUACGUAAGCAGCGAUCGUAAGCCACUGUUCUUAGCUUCUAAUCUCCUCAGGCUUAUGUAGCUAUUCACAUUUGCACCUUCUUGGGGAUCUGUUUUAUUUUCAACGUCGUUCUACGAUGUGUGAGUUGAUUUAGGACCACUCGAGAGUUGUGUUUGUCGUUCAGUAGCUUUUACAGUAUAGCAUUGUUUUAGAAAUUUUAUAACAAUGUCACACACAUUUUAACAUUAACACUGUUAUCAAUAUUUUUCGAAAAUAAAAUAUUUGAAGCAAUCUUCUUUAAGGGGAAAUGGGUUGAAAAAUGGUCAUAAAUGCUAUUUUGUUUUUAUGUUAUUUUAUUUUCUUAUAUGUGUAAGUUAACUGAAUUAAUCACCCCUCAAGUUUACCAGGUUCAGCACUUUUUUCCCUUUUAUUAUUAGUUACACUGGACUUUUGACAUUGAGCAAAACUGGGAGCACUUGUCUUGAACCCUGCUAAAUAACACUGAGACUGAUAUGCCGUCAAGCGUCGUUAAGAAGUAAUGGGGCAAUUUCAUAAAACUGUUGGCAAGCUAAAUGUGUGGCAUGGUAUUUAAAUUCUGUUUAUAAAGUUUGUCACAGUGGUGCUGCUUGAUUCAUGCAGCUCAAUUUUUACACAGUAGCGUCCAGUCACAAAAUGGAUAUAAAUAAUCAACUAUAUAAAUAACAUGUAUGAGUACCUUAGAUCCAUAUUUAAUAUUGACUGAGUGGGGAGAAAAUAACAGAUAUGGCACAGAUAGACACAAAAUUAAAAAAAAAAAAUUACCAAGAAAUUACCACUAGAAUCAUUCAGGUAAACUUACUUUGCAAGGCAAUGUGGUGUAUAAAUCACUAACAGUGUAUGCAAAUAAGGGAAAAAUGCAAUAGUGCCACACUAAUCCCACAGUAAUCCUCAUUUUUGAAUAAGCAAUCGUUAUUACCACAGUGCUGUUUUCUCUUAUAGAUCCCUUAAUACAUUUUGUCCUUUUUGCCAGUUAUUAUAACAGUGUUAUGUUUGCAUUACCGGUAACUGUCAUUACAUGCUAAUUAAAAAUGACAACUUUAAACAUACAAUGUUAUUAAAGUCUGUCACAAUGACAGUUUCUGGUAUAGCGAUACAGAGAUUUUGAGUCAAUACAUCUCAGUACUGGUAUAUUGCGAUACUGCAAGCAAGGCAAUAUAGUGUAAUUAUUUAAAUCAUACUAUCAUAGUGUGAAAAACACACUAGCAUAUAAAAUCUAUAAAGGGCCCUAUCGUAUUCUUUGCCUAAGGUGCACUGAGAUGCUCAUUACUGUCUUACACCAUGAGAACAUGAGUCUAUGUUCACGCCUCUAGAACCUCAUUAGAACCUAGACAGACGUCAACCAUCAGGCGUUUAUUGCUAUCUUGGCAACCUAGGCACGCAGUGUGUUCACAAACCAUGCAUACCCCCGGCUUCAUUGCACACACACACACAGACAUGCACCACUGCAUGAAAAUCCAACUUUUACAUCAACAGUAAGGUCAGUUUCCCCCGCUGUGAAGCACAAAAACGUUGCGCCAUUAAAAUAGCAAUCCACCAAAGUCAAAGUGCACCUCUGUCUUAAAUGAAAUAGCGUUUUGAUUUAUUGAUUUAUUGGUUUACUACACAUUAUGGCCAAAACACACUCAUGAUUAAUUAAGAGAAUUAUGACAUGCCUUUUGUGGAUUUAGAGAAGCGCAAGGUGUACUAUUCCUGUUGUUACGAUAGCAAAGACACACUGACACGCCCUAAAUCAAGCUGCACGGUGCACGCUUGAUGGCUUUCAAGCAGACGCUGCAUUUUUUUUAAAUAUAUACAGCCUUGCAAAACUAAAUAUUGCAUUUUUUUAUAUUAAUAUUUUUUACAUCCCUAUUCGUAAUACAAUCUUGGCACUGUAAAAUUUAUAGAACAUAUAUCAUAUAACAUAUAUCUGUUGAUGACGUGCGUUUGUCAGUGUUAUAUGGCAAGGUCAAGAGAAGUGUUACCAUAAAUCUUUACUAUGACUUUUUUAAGCCAGUGAAAACUAUUUAAACCAGAUCAACAUGACUUUAGUCCAAAACUAAUGAAGAAUUGAACUAAGCCAGCUCAAGGUUGAAUGAGCCCAGUUUUUUUUUUUUUUUUUUUUUUCAUUUUAUUUUGUUUUAUUUGCUCAGACAGAGGAAUCUGGGCAACUCGUACAGAUCGAUUGCAUUUAAGAGGUUUUGAAAGAGAAGGACCACUUAAAUCCUGGGUUGUCGAAGCCUGGCUCUUCACCAUUAAUGCGUUUGAGAAGAUUAAUGAUGCAGUGAUGCAGCAGGUUCAGAUUUCUGCGCUGGGCCGAAGGGAAAGAUGUCAAUAGUGGAAUGGGGCUGUUUGGUGCAGGAAAGUGAUUUUGUGAAGUUCAUUGGAUCAAAUAAUGAUGUUAACAAUCAUAUCCAUAGCCUGAAACACUCAACUCAGACAGAGUAAGGACUGAUGUACUGAUAUCACAAGUACAUAACACUGUACUGUUGCAGUCCUAAUCUAAAACGAGCUUCUUAUCCUUACUCACACAGAUCUGCAGGUGUGCAGGGGUAACUGUGCCAAAAGUGUCUUUUUUUUCUUUUUUCAUUUUAUGCUUCCUCUUUUUAGUUUCAUGUUCAGCACCUUUGAUGUUACUUGGCAGGUAGGAGUCGUCUAACUUUAGACAGUCCUGCAGUGAGCCUUUCACUAGACUGCAUUGCUUAUUGGCUGCAAGCUAAAACCAGCAUUGUCUGCCUGUACCUCUGAAUAGCUGAAGCUAACAUUGAAAUUACCCUAAGAUCCCUGUCAUUAUAUAUGAUCAUAACAAAAAUGAAUGUUUCUUUUUCAAAAUGAUAUGUUAAUAUGAAUUGUGUGUUUUAAUUCCUUAUAAAGUGUAUAUAUUCAUCAUAA